AUGGGAGGGAAUGGCGCAUCAAAGUUUGGAAGUUUGAGAGAGGAACAAGCCCGGCUUAUCGACUUCGUGCAAAACAGAACUGCAGUGGUGCAUGUAUACAAGCAUAUGGCUUCACAGGGUCCUAUUGUCCAUGUGUCAGAAGAGGAAGCCAAAUUGCUAGAUACAGAAGCAGGAGUCCUGUCAGUCUUUCCUAACAAGACGGUUCAACUCCACACGACAAGGUCCUGGUCCUUUCUUGAGCAUCAUCAUAAUUUUGGUGAUUCCAUCUCCGCAACAUCCUAUCCCGGUUCCAAUGCCAAUGGAUCUGACAUAAUUAUUUUUGUAAUUGAUUCAGGUAUUUGGCCAGAAUCUAAGAGCUUUGUGGAUGAAGAUAGGGUUGUCUUUACAUUUAGACUUACAUGGAAUGAUGGAGAGGAACUUGUGAAGAAACGAAGGAAUUCCCUGCUUUUAGCUGCAAUAGGUACGUGUAUACUCUUCAUUAUGAAAAUAAUUGGAGCAAGAAACUUUGACAAAAGCAACCAGGAAUGUAGAGAUUUUUUUGGACAUGACAGCCACACCGCAUCAACAGCAGCUGGAGCAGCUGUUGCUGGAGUUUCUUAUUAUGGCUUAGCUGCCGAAACAACCAUUGGUGGUUCACCAAAUUCCAGAAUAGCAGUUUACAAAGCAUGUCAAUCUUUGGGUUGCUCUGAAUCAGCAAUUCUAGCAGCAAUCCAUGAUGGGGUCGAUGUAAUGUCUCUAUCGCCUCGAGAAGCUGAUACAAUAUUUGGAUUGAGCCGGUGGCCAUUGGUGGAUUUCAUGUUGUUGAACAUGUAA